ACAUUAAGCGAUUGUAUUUUUCAAAUGGGAUUGAAUUGCUUGACUGAAACUGGCUGGCAGAGUGGCUUCACACUGUUGUUAAGCUUAGUUGAAAAACAAACGAGCCAUAGAGUGGACGGGCUGACGGACAGACACUUUUGCUUACCAGAACUUACUUACGCCAAUUAAAGCCAAAAUAUACUGAUAUAAAAAACGGAAAGGAACGGUUUCGAAAAUUCAAAAAAUACCAACAAGUUAUUGAAAAAUCAAAUAAAACAAAUUAUAAUUAAAACUGACUGAAUUCUAAAGCUUGAAAUUUGCAAUAUUUAUUAAAAUAACCGCAUUAAUAAUAAAUUUGGCCAAUCCAGUAGAUAUAAUAAAUGCUAAACGCGUAUUAAUGCCAAGUUUGUUAAACAAAUAAUUUAAGAAAGUCUAUAACCAUAUAAAAAAUAAUAACAAUAAAAUAUUUGCGAAAGUAUUUUGAGAAAAGCCAAAGCAAAUUGUUUUAAUUUGUAUAUUACUACAAACAAGUGCAAAAAAGUGCUAUUUUUUGGAGUUUUCGAAUUUUAAUUAAGAACAAAAAAAUAUUCCUAAUUUGAACAUGGAUGUAGCUUGGCGUUUUCGCAUAAUGUUAUUCACCGCCCUGGCCUUGAUGAUAUUUGGUGAUAUUUUCGGUUAUGGCGGCAUGAUGCGUGGUGUUAAAUCUGAUCCCAAUCAGCAAACAGCGGGGGCGGGCAAAUUUCAACAGAAAAAUGCCGAAAUUGAAAUCAGUGAAGAUGCUGAUUUAACGGAAUUUUCAACAGCUGCUCUGCAACAGAAACGUAUGAAAUCCCAGCUGACGGAUGCCAUAAAAGACUCUUGUCUGCCCAAAAUGUUGUGUGAAAUGGCCUCAAAACCUGAAUAUAUGUUAACCGAAAAAGAAAAGGAUCUUAUGAAUCUAAUAAGAUCUUCGUCCAUGUCUUUGGCAAUGAAUGGUGCCCCCAGCAAGUGGCAUUUUGCAGCACAUAUGGGAGAACUAUUGCGCUAUACAGGCGAUGAAUUAAGCGGACCAAUGGGUUGUGCCAAUCUAUGGCCAAAUUGUCCUAUUAGUUCUAAGAAAUUAAUGAAAUUAUCCUAUAAAGUGAAACUUUAAACAUUUAAGACAAAAAAAAAACAAAAAAAUUAAUGUGAUUUAUUAGACAAAAAAAAAACUAAAUUAAAAAAAUUUUAAAUUAUUGCCAAGAUCUUGAAAAUUUUAAACAAAUAUUUAUGGCUACAAUUUGAUAGCUAUAAAUUUUUGUAAAAAAAUUUUAUUUAAUUUUUAAAGUUUCCUAUAUAAAUUAAUUUAUGCAUACACACUUAUUUUUUAUUAUAAUUUUCUAUAAAUUUGGCUUUUGUAUUUAUUUGUUUUCUUGUGUAAAUAUUUUUAAGCUCUAACUAUAGUGUAAAUUUGUAUAAAACAAAUAUAUGAUUUUGUUUUAAAUAUUUUAAGACUUAUUUUAAAAAGUAAUCAUUGUGUGUACUAUACUCUUAUGACUUUUUUUAUGAGAAUCAUGUACACUAACUAGUCUGUAAUAUUUUUUUGAAGUUAAUUUAAGCAUAAUUUUGUUUAGUUUAGUUUAGUAUUAAGUUUAUGUAAAUUAUUUGAGACUUUUUUUACUAACAAAAGAAAAUAAAUUUUGUUAAGUAGUUUUGUAAAUACGAGUGAGAAUUUAAAUACAAACACAAAAUAAAAACAAUUUGAAUAAAAUCAAAAAAA